AUGGAUUACUUGGAUCGUCUCAAGACUGCUCUCUUCUUUCAAUUUUGUAAGAAAAAUGAAGAAUGUGAGCACUUGAUUAGCCUUGCGAAACCUAGUAUGGCGAAGUCAAAAGUGCACGACAAGAUAACUGGACUCGGUAAAGAAAGCAGCGCACGGACGAGUUCAGGAACUUUUCUUAGAAGAGAACAAGACAACAUCGUGAAAAAGAUUGAGGAAAGGAUUUCAGAAUUCACCUUCAUUCCUGUAGAAAAUGGAGAACCGCUUCAAGUUAUCCAUUAUGGAGUUGGGCAAAAAUUUGAGCCUCACUUUGACGGAUUCCAAAGAAUUGCUACUGUUCUUAUGUACCUCUCGGAUGUUGAAGAAGGCGGCGAAACAGUUUUCCCUGCAGCCAAAGGAAACAUUAGUAAAAAAGGACUCUCUGUUAGACCAAAGAAGGGAGACGCUUUACUCUUCUGGAGCAUGAGGCCUGACGGGUCUCAAGACCCUUCGAGCCAACAUGGUAAGAGAGAAAGAGAAGAUACAUUGCCUUUCUCUGAACUUCUUAUAAAUCGUAGUAUAAAUACCCCUUUUGGCUUAAUUAGUUAAGGUCAUGAGAUGUAUACCAAAACUUUCAAAAACUUGUUUGAUUGGUUCAGGUGGUUCUCCAGUCAUCAAAGGAAACAAGUGGGCAUCAACUAAAUGGUUUCGCUUUCAUGAGUUUAAAAAUAAUAUAUUUAGCUUUUAGAAGGUUAGCUCUUACCCUCACUUUAGUCAUGGAUU